AUGAGCGCAUUCACAGCGGCGUCAAGCCCUUCAGUUGCAGUGCCUGCAAUUACUCCUUCACGCGCAGGUAAGAUAUCCCAGGGCCAAGGCAGAUCGCAUGCUGAUCUCCCAAGUGACCUACUCGUGCGACAUGAACGAUUGACCCACCACAAACACAACCUCAACAACAAAGACCAGCAACAGCAUGUCGACGAAUAUGUCAUACCAGAUCCGAGGCCAUCAAAACGCAUACGCACAAGCUUCGAUGCUGGUCGUCCGGUUCCCGAGAUUCCCAGUAUGAUGUCUACCCCAGCAGCUGCUAACAUGGAUAUGCAACCACCCCUUCAUCCUCACCCGGCCCCUGUUGGACCCAUACAGUACACCCAGAAUGACGAGUUCUCUCUGGCUGCCCUAUCAAUGGCCGCAGAGUAUCAGUCACUGCAGGGGACACAAGGAACUAUGGCGAACGGCGACUCUCUUCACCCGACCACGCUGCCACUACAACACACCGUCUCACAAACAAUCGAACAACCUAUGAUACCCUCGAGUACUGUUCAAAUAAAUGGUUCGCAGAUCAGCGGCCCCAGCCUUGGUGAAUCGUUAGACAAUCUAGCAGCUUUCUGGGAUACUGAGCCGUUGGCUUCAUACCGCUUUUCAAGCAUCAUCAAUACCGAACAGCCCAUGCCGUUUUUCUCGCCAGAGUCGCUUGGCUAUGGGAACGAGUUUCUUCCAAAUGCAAGUACACCCUUCGCCCCAACACUUGCACCUCAAGCUCAAGGUGAGGAAAAUCAUACCUUUUCGCGCUUCGGUUCGAGACUACCGUCACUACAACCUGAGGACCUAGGCCACCAUGAUAGGCAACGAUCUUUCUCGGAUAUAUCUCUGGACGAUCGACAGAAGAUCGUGGAGAAAUUGGACGAGUUUUCGUCUGUACUGCCUGUCGACUUCAGGUUGCCUACACGUCUAGCGCUCUGUAGAUAUCUAGCAGCGUACGUUAACGGUUUUCACGAGCACAUGCCGUUCCUACACAUUCCAACCAUGUCGGUCGAUGGCUGUUCGAUCGAGCUACUUCUUGCGCUUGCUGCGGUGGGCGCCCAAUAUACCUUCGAAGGCGAGAAAGGAGUAGAGUUGUUUAACGUGAGCCGUACAAUAGCAACACAUCGCAUUCGGAGGAGAGACGCGCGCUUAGUCGAUCUACAUCGUCGAGCCGAAUCAGACCGCUCUUCCUCACACGACCCCGGGGUUACAUCGCGGCCACGAAGCCCAGUGCAUGCUCCGUCGACUGUUGGCCCUCUUGGUCUCCCGUCUGGCUCUGAUGUUGCUCCUGCGGGUGAAGACCUCAUGCAAACUGCCCAAUCUCUGUUGCUACUAAUGGCGCUCUGCACCUGGGCAAAACAUAAAGAAAUCCUGCGAGAAGCUCUUGCCAUCCAAAGCGUUCUGGCCACCUUGAUUCGAGAUGAUGGACUGGAGAAUGAACCUCUACGACACGACUUAUCCUGGGAAGACUGGAUACGCCGCGAAACGAUCAAACGAACAAAGUUUAUCGUUUACGGUUUCUCGAAUCUUCACUGCAUCGUCUACAAUAUACCGCCAUUCCUCCUCACUUCCGAAGUCAAGUUGACUCUUCCAUGCAGUGCCACAGUGUUCAGGGCUCCAACUGAAACCGCCUGGCGGGAAGCGAAGAAGAGUAGUGCACCAGAAAUCUUGUUCCAAGAUGCUCUGCAAAAGCUCUUUUCGAAGAACGGUCGCGACAUCACCCAAUGGAAUUCAAGCGCUGGAAACUACGCCCUGAUACAUGCCCUGAUUCAGCACAUAUUUUUCGUCCGGCAAGUGGUUCGUUGUCGCUUUGACGGACCGGGAGAGCUCAGCCAAGACGACGUGUCAUCACUUGAGAAUGCCCUGAGAAACUGGCAGACUGGGUGGAAGAACAACCCUGAGUCAUCUUUGGAUCCCAUGAGCCCUAAUGGACCGGUUGCGUUCAACUCCACCGCACUGCUGCGGUUAGCAUACAUCCGUCUCUAUGUGGAUACUGCUGGCAGAGCCCUAGACACGCGAGACCCCGUGCUUAUCGCUAACGCAUUCCGAGCGGGGCCUGCCAUUCGCCGCUCUCCUAAGAUUACUCGAGCCGUUCUGCACUCGGCACAUGCUCUAAGCAUUCCCGUCAAAAUUGGGUAUCGGCUGGUGGCUAAGACGCAAUCUUUUAUUUGGUCCAUACAACAUUCGCUGUGCACGCUAGAAUGCGCCUAUUUAAUGAGCAAAUGGUUAGAGGCGCUCUCGGUGCUUGAUCCUGAGCCGGCUGUUACGGAAGAUGAGCGCCGAAUCACUUCGAUUGUCAAAAGCAUGCUAGACGAGACGGAGUUCGCCCUCCCGGCAGACGUAUCUAUCGACUCGCCUGCAUACACCAAGGGUCUGAGUGCUGGUGUACUAAGGGUGUGGGCAACCAUCUUCAGAGGCGCACAGACUUGGGCAAUUGUCGAUGUCAUCGGCAGUGCUCUGAACCUGUACGCGGACAUGUUGGAGUCUGGCUGA